AGAAAAAGUCCAUCUUUAAGAACUACAAAUUCUGAACUCAAAACACAAAUCCCAUUGCCGUUGUUCCAGUUCUUUCCCCUUUGAUCGGUUCAACUCAAGUUUACUCCUAAAUUUUCUCUAGCAAAAAAGAAAAAGAGAAACCCUUUACCCAAAAUGCAUGAUUUUUGCUUCACAAUCCCUUAUGGAUUGAUCCUUGUGGCCGGAGGAGUUAUUGGGUAUUUGAAGAGAGGGAGCACGGCAUCACUUGCUGGGGGUGUAGGCACUGGAUUGACUCUCAUUCUUGCUGGAUAUUUGAGCCUUAAAGCUUUCGAGAAGAAGAAGAACUCUUAUUUCGCUUUGGUUCUCGAGACUGUUGCUGCUGCUGCCCUGACAUGGAUCAUGGGACAACGUUAUUACCAAACGUCUAAAAUUAUGCCGGCCGGAGUUGUAUCCGGAAUAAGUGCUCUUAUGACUGGGUUUUACUUGUACAAAAUCGCCACCGGCGGCAAUCAUUACCCGGCCAAGGCUGAAUAACACUGUUACACCGAGAUUACCAGUUUUAAUUAUGAAAGAAUCUUGGCUGCUUUGGAAAGUUUCAAUUAUAUAACACGUGUUGUACUCUGAGUGUGUAUGAAUCUGAAGUAUUAGACUGUUACAUAUGAAAGAACUCUGGUUUUUUCCCAGAAUUAUGUUGCUUUUGUAGAAAUUUCCUGCUUUUGAAGUUCAAAUUUGUUCUUGGAAUGAAUGGUUCACUUAAUUUUCCCAA